AUGGUGAAAGAUGAUUUUGGAGAGGGAGUGCCGGUUGCAUGGCUUAUAGCAAAUAAGGAGGAUGUUUGUUCACUCGAUCCAUUUUUUGCUUCCCUAAAAAAGCGGGUUGGAAAUAUACAGGUCAAAGACUUUAUGAGUGAUGAUGCCGAAUCUUUUUAUAACGCUUGGUGCAGAAAUUUCCUAGUGCCAAAUAGGCAGCUUAUUUGUUCUUGGCAUGUGGAUAAAAAUCUUCGCACAAAUAUAAUGCAGAAAAUAAAAAAUCCUGAAGAUCAAAUUACAGUCUACAAAUACGUGAAGGUUUUGCAAACAGAAACAAAUGAAAAGGAGUUUAAAACUAUGUUACAAGAAAUGUGCAGUUUUCUUGAAGACAGUUACCCUUUAUUUUAUGAAUAUUUCAAAAAGGAGUUUUUGCAAAGAAUGCACAAAUGGGCUUACUGCUAUCGGACAUCAACAGAAGCCAAUACCAAUAUGUCAUUGGAAAAUUUUCAUAGAGUGUUGAAAACAAUUUAUUUCCAUAGGAAAAGAAACAAGAGGGUUGAUCACCUACUUAGUGUCCUCUUGAAGAUUGCCAGAGACAAAGCUUAUGAGGCAUGGGAAAAGCUUGAGAAAGGAAAACGUACCAGCAAAAUUAGGGAUAUCGACAAACGCCAUAAGACUUCCUUAGAACUUUCCUUGAAAGAAGUUUCUGCUGCUAAUGCCACACAAUGGAUUUUUCCAUCUACUGCAAAUGAAAACAAAUUGAAGCAUUCGGUUAUAAAAAAUGACUAUUAUUGUGAAUGCAAAAUGAAAUGCAGCAGUUGCAAAGUAUGCGUUCAUCAAUACUCUUGUUCCUGUGCAGAUUAUGCAAUCCAUUCAGUGCCUUGCAAACACAUACAUGCCAUACACUCAAAUUUUUUCGAAAAUGAUAAGCAGGGCGUUCAAAACUAUGGAGCCGAAGAAAAUGAAGAUGUGACUGAAAAACGACAAUAUUUUCAACAUCAGUUAAACAAAACAGAUAAAAUAACAGAUUUGGCUUUUAUCAAAGAGUCUAUUCAAGGAAAAAUGAAUAUUUUGUCCAACAAAGUAGAAAUUUGUUCUGUUCCAGACGCUCUAGAAGCUGCACAUGAGCAUCUUAAGAACGCUAUUGCUGUCCUGGAUGGAAUUUCAAGUCUAAAUUCUAACCAACAAAGUUUGCAACAGGCAGAGGUGUUCCCUCAUAAUAAACAUUUUGAAAAGCAGAGAAAAUUUUAUAGCACAAAACAGAAGGCAACAAAAAAGAAAAGAACAUUAACGAAGCCAAGUAUUGAGGAUACUAAUAAUGUGAAGGAAAAUUUAAAGCAACAAGAGGUACGUUUGUGUGGAAUUUGUUUCCGUGAAAACGAUACAACGAAUGAAGGAAUGGUAGAAUGGGUGGAGUGCGCUAGUUGUGAAGUAUGGAUACACUGUGCCUGUGACAAACAAAAUGUGAACUCAGAAGAAUAUUGCUGCCCACUCUGCAAAUAG